AAUAAUAUUGUUCGUGGGUGCUGGUAGUUUCAUGUUUCUUUUCCUUCUUUGGAUAAUUAUCUUAGCUCAGCCCACACUUUUUGUUUAGCUUAUUGUUUCCUGUAAGCCUAUACAUAUUCCUGGUUAGAAACUCUCGUCGUAUAGACUUCUAAAGCUUAGCUGUAAACUACUGUCUACACUGCUACCAAUAUAAUGUUGUUGGCAAGUUGCUAACCUUUGGCUAAAGGACACCUGUGGACUGGAUAAAGUGAUUCCGAAUAUCAGCUGCUUGCACCAAUUGAAAGGAUGUCUCCUGUGGGUGUUUGUUGUCUUCUCUUUAUUUCCAUCUUGGUGAGUCACUGGGUGCCGGCAGACUGCUAUGCCAAUGGUAAGGUUACCAAAGUGUGUGGCAGCAUGGAACCCCACCAUGGUACCCAAGGUGAGACCACGCCCAGCCCCUACCGCCUGGAAACCAACACCACCACGUUCAGUCCUGGAUUAGAUCGGAUCAAAGUCAUCCUAUCUGGAACAGAGUAUUUUAAGGGCUUCCUGCUUCAGGCCAGAGAUGCAGUCAGUCAAGGCUCCACAGUUGGCACCUUCACCCUGACCGAUUCAAGCAAGACACAGCUGCUUACCUGCAAUACACAACAGGGUUCAGCAGUGAGCCAUACAAGUGAUGCCAGACAGACAGAGAUUGUUGUUAUAUGGAAUGCUCCAACAGAUGCUCCCAAACAAGUUCAGUUUUUUGUGACUGUAGUUGCCUACUACAGUAAGUUUUGGGUGAAGCUGCCUGGACCAAUCGUCUAUCAGCAUGGUGUUACUCCCCUCCCACCUCAGUCAGACACUACACGUCCACCAGAAACGACCACACCCUCCAUCCUGCCUGGGCCUCUUACUUCUGACGGAUGUGGCCAGUCAAAAUCCUGUCUCCAAGAUCCUCCAGGCUGUGAUCCAAAGGAAGAUCCUCACUGCUUCUUCCUGUCUAUGUCUACAGAAGGACCAGAGAAAACGUCUGUAAUAUUUGAGAUGAGUGGCACAGCAGAGGGAUACGUGGCCUUUGCCCUGUCCUGGGACACAUGGAUGGGCGAUGACGAUGUGUACAUGUGUGUAAAAGAUGGGGACAGAGUAUCAGUGAGUGCUGCCUUUGUCAGUGGACGAACACACCCUGAGGACCAGUCACAGUCUGGGCUCUCGUCUGUGUCGUGGCUGCUGACAGAUGGAGCAAUCCAGUGCAAGUUCAGUAGAGCAGUCAAACAGACCAAUCAGGAAUCAGCGCGCUAUGAUCUGGACCAAGAGUACUUCCUGUUUCUAACCAGUGGACAGGCUCAACAUGGUAAAAUAAGGAAACAUAGUCGUCAGCCAUUAAUCUCCACCCAUAGGAAACGUAUCACUGGACCCCCUGAGAUCCUGAGAAGCUCCCGGGGUCCCAUGAUUAUGAAAAUGCAUGGUGCCCUAAUGCUACUAGCCUGGAUGCUAACAGGGAGUGUGGGUACCUUCAUUGCCAGCUUCUACAAACCUGACUGGCCAAAUCAAACACUUCUGGGCCAAAAAGUUUGGUUUCAGGUUCAUCGAGGGCUGAUGAUCCUAACUGUGGUUCUGACCUUUGUAGCCUUUUGCCUCCCAUUUUUCUACAGAAAAGGCUGGAGCAAGCAUGCAGGUGUCCAUCCAUACUUAGGCUGCUGCAUUCUGGCAUUAUCUCUGAUUCAACCGAUAAUGGCCGUGAUAAGACCAUCACCUGGCUCACAGAGGAGGUAUAUCUUUAACUGGGCUCACUGGGGAGUUGGGUCUGUAACUGAGAUCAUGGCAGUUGCAGCUAUGUUCCUGGGGAUGCGUCAGUCAUCACUGCUCCUCCCACAGCCACUGGCAACGUACGUUCUGAUUGGCUACGUGACAUGGCUGGCCUCAUUCCGGGUCUUCCUCUUCAUUCACAAGCAUCUUGACGUCAAAAAAUUACUGAGGUCAGAUGACGCACAGGGCAUUCUAUCUGACCAAUCAGAGCAGGGAUACUGGAUGUCCUUCAUUAAGUCCCUCAUCUUGCCUGUGUUGACUCUAGGAAACAUCGGUCUCCUAACAGCCUUGCUGUCUUUUAUUGCUGAAAUCUGACUUUUAAUUUACAAAGAACUAAAAUAACUUUCAAGACUAUAACUUUUUUGGAACUCAUUUUAUAAGGUGAUUUCUUUGAUGGAAAGCUUGGGAUAUCAGUAUAAUUCCAUGUUCAGUUAUAUAACGGAAUGAACAAAGGACUAACUAAUGAUUUAGCCAAACAAUUUUCAAUUCAAUUCAAUUUUAUUUAAAGUGCCAAUUCAUAACAGAGUUAUCUUGAGACACUUUACAGGUGUUUAAACAACACAUAAAAAAAAAAAGAAAGAAGAGAAUCAGAGAGA